UCUUGCAGCUGUUAAUCGAAACGCACUCGCGCCCACAUCCCACUUACAAGGAAGAGCAGCAGUGAGACACGUACGCGUUGUGUAUUUGUGGUGCAUAGCAUACGGUAGAAGCUGUCUAGGGGCAUAUAUACACACACGGCGACGGAGAUGGGGACGGUGCAGGUGCAGGUGCAAGGUGUGGCGGCGUCGGGGAGGAUGCCGUCCAUGGAGGCGGAGCCAAAGACGCUCACCCUCGAGCAGCUCAAGUACGCAAGGGAGGCGGCGCUGUACGUGGUGAGGACAAGGACGACCGAGGAAGCCAUCAGGAUCUUCACGGAAGGGCUCAAGCCAGUGCGGGGCGUGCGGAAGAUGGGCUCCUCCACCACGGACUCGUCGGACGACGACGUCGAGCUCGGCUCGUCGGAGGAUUCGACGCCGCGCGCUGGCGGCGGCACGGGUUGCCGUCCCCACGGACGCUCCAUCAAGAGAGACAUUGCCACUGCACCGUUCUAGCUUGCGUGUGUUAGUUUGAUUUUACCUUUUCUACGUCUUUUUCUUCGUGGCCCAGUAUUUUAGCUUUAGCAUCGGCCGGUAGCGCGGCAAAAUUUUGGGGUGCGUCCUGGCCUAGAGAAGGCUGCAAGAGACGUGAAGCUGGCCCGCACGACUAGUAUGCCGUUUUGUGUGUGUGCGUGUGCGUGUACAUAGCAGCAGACUACUUCAGUUCUUUGGCUUCAAAUUCUCCUCGUGCUCUUCCAUGCAUGUGGACUCUCACGGGGCAUACAAAUUUCCCUGUUUGUAUU